AAUAAGAAAAAAAAAUGUUUGAUAACAUUCGCUGAUGGGAGGAGAUUCAGGGAGCUGACUUGAAGCAUUUCAAGGAGAUGAAGAAAAAAAGGUGGGAAGAAAUAGGAGGAGGAAGUAUAGACACACUGCAUCAUUCACAUACUGCGGCUGAUGUCAUUUCCUAAGCACCAUAAUUGGACGUCAAUGACUCUCAAGAAUGGCUACAAACACACACCAACACACACUCCCCCAAGGGAGAGCUUGCCGCUUCGCUGAUCCACUGAAUCAUUAAUUGCUCGCACCCUCUCUCACCAAAACACGCACAUGAGAGCGCCUCGUGCGCGCCUCGCAAAUUUUCACACACCUAUCCACAGGCUGCUGCUGUGGCCCCCGUGUGGCCCCUCCCUUCCCGGAUCGGAUCGACACAUCUAAUGGGUUAACACUCUGUCACCGGGAGCAUCGGGAGAUCCCAUCCCAGCCGUGCCCUACCUGACCGGGCAGCAGCAGAACCCGUCCUCUCCUCCCCGCGGCGUUGAUCCAGAACAGAAAAGAGACUGCAUUUUUCAAGCUCGAUUUUUUUCUUCUUUUUUUCUCUUUCUUUUCUUAGCUUUUUUAUUUAUUUAUUUAUUUUCUUGUAGUGGAGGAAAGCGACAGCGGCGCAGACCCGUGGGCGGUUCAUCCGUCUGGACGAAGGUUUGACAAAACAGCCUAAACAGCCCGGAUUCUCAAGAUGUGGCGCUGAGGAGCGGGAUGUAGAAACCGGUCAAAGAGCCGUUCGUGUGGGGGGUUUCAGCGACACAUUUCCCGCCGCCGCCUCCUCCUCCUCCUCCUUCACCCAACCACUUCAUAUCAGUGAAAGAACUCCAUUAAAAUAAAGUGCGGGACACUUGAGACAUCAGUCAGCUCCAGAAGCAGGUCCAACACCCAGACUGAAUGUGUCCACCCCAUGUUGGACGGACUCCUGAAGAGCACGAGACGGAUGUGGACAAACUAGGAGCACCUCGGCGUUUUGAAACAGCCUCAUCCUCUCUGCCGCCGGCAUUCUAACAAACCGGGAGGGGACUUUCACACCGGGGAGGCAGGCGACCCACAGGCAGGGAGAAGAUGCCAUUCCACCAUGUGCGGGCAGGCCUGCUCUAUCCAGACAACUAUCUGAGCAGCUCGCUGACGGAGGGCAGUGAAGCCUUCCAGCUCACCAGCCUCUCCACAGAGGAGCUGGGAGAGAUCCGUGAAGCGUUUCGUGUUUUGGAUCGUGACGGGAAUGGUUUCAUCUCCAAGCAGGAGCUGGGCAUGGCCAUGCGCUCCUUGGGUUACAUGCCCAGCGAAGUGGAGCUGGCCAUCAUCAUGCAGAGACUGGACAUGGAUGGAGAUGGUCAGGUAGACUUUGAAGAGUUCAUGACAAUUCUGGGGCCAAAGCUGCUGUCGUCCGACAAUAGAGAAGGAUUCCUGGGAACAACUAUCGACAACAUCUUUUGGCAGUUUGACAUGCAGCAGCUGUCUCUGGAUGAGCUCAAGCAGGUGUUGUUUCACGCCUUCCGGGACCACCUGACAAUGAAGGACAUAGAGAACAUCAUCAUCACAGAGGAAGAGAGCCUCAAUGAGACCUCAGGGAACUGUCCUGAGUAUGAAGGAGUUCAUCCUAAGAAGAAAAACAGACAGACGUGCGUGAGGAAAAGCCUGAUCUGCGCCUUCGCCAUGGCUUUCAUCAUCAGUGUCAUGCUUAUUGCAGCCAAUCAGAUGCUAAGGAAUGGCAUGGAGUGAAAUAAUUGCACUGUGAGCCUUGGAAGGGGACAGCAUAGCCAUGACCUCACAUCUUGUCUCUGCCGCCAAAGCUGGACCAGUCACAGCCCAAGCACUUCUCUAAACAAUCUUUGGAGCAGAAGAUAUAAUAAAAUGUACAAAUGUGUA